AACAUCGCCGUUUCCACUUUCUCUUCUGGACAGACAAAACCCGUGGUGGAUCUAUCCCCUCCUCCCUCUCCUCUCCUCUCCUCCGCCCCUAUCACCGCCAUCCCCCUCCUCUUCCUCUUCCACUCCAGGAGGAAGAAAUAGCAUUCCUCCAUUUCCAACCUCAGCUCUCAGAUUUCCUUUCCUCUACCCAUCAUGCCUUUUCUUCAGAUCUGUCUUCACUAACCCUCUUAUUUUCUCCUUUCCAAUUCCACUCAGGAGUUCUCUAUCCUCAUUACGGCAAUUUAACUUGCUGGUAUUAAGGAAGAUGGGCAGUGUCCGUCCAGAUCCGUCGUCCAGAAUCCAUCCGGCCCCUAUCGACCACUUCGACCGCUUGCCUGACUCUCUCCUUCUCUUAGUCUUCAACAAGAUCGGCGACGUCAAGGCGUUGGGACGAUGCUGUGUGGUUUCCCGUCGGUUUCAUUCACUCGUUCCUCAGGUUGAGAACGUUGUUGUUCGGGUUGAUUGUGUCAUUUCUGAUGAUGAUUCCUCCUCCUCUUCUUCAUCCUCUGACAAGUCGCGUAUUGCUGGGCCGUUUUCGUGUUUGUUUCGGCUUGUUUUUGGGGGCAUUGUGAAACCCCUUCAAGCGCUAGUUCAGUUUCUGGGCCCUAAAAGGGGGACGGCGAGUGAUGGUCUUGGGACUGGUUCUUCUUCUUUGUUUGUUGGUAGUGGAGGUGACGAUGACCGGGAGAUGGACCAAGGCGGGGUCACGCAUCACUCCCCUACGCAGGUAUUGAGAAAUUUUAACGAGAUUCGGUUCCUCCGAAUUGAGUUGCCCGACGGGGAGCUGGGGAUCGAUGAUGGUGUGUUGUUGAAGUGGAGAGCGGAUUUCGGGUCUACCCUUGACAAUUGCGUGAUUCUCGGUGCUUCUUCCGUCGUCAACAGUAAGAAUUCGCUGGUGCAGGAAAGUGGGGGUGAUGGAAUUUGCGUGGGCGGUGGUGCUGACGAUAAUGGGAUCAUACCCGAAUCCUUUUACACGAACGGGAGCUUGAAAUUAAGGGUGGUUUGGACGAUUAGCUCAUUGAUUGCUGCAUCUGCGAGGCAUUAUUUGCUUCAACCAAUCAUUGCAGAGCACAAGACCCUUGAUAGCUUGGUUUUGACCGACGCUGAUGGGCAGGGGGUGCUCUGUAUGAAUAGAGAUCAGCUUGAGGAGUUAAGAGUGAAGCCUUUAUCAGCUUCUUCUGCCUCCAAGAGAACGCUUGUUCCGGCGCUGAACAUGAGGCUGUGGUAUGCUCCCCACUUGGAGUUACCUGAUGGAACAGUGUUGAAGGGUGCAACUCUGGUUGCAAUUAGGCCUACCGAGCAGUCUGCCUCCAAGAAGGAGGUGUCUGAUGGGUCUUGGUUAUUGAAUGCAUUCCAGGAACCAUAUGGUACUGCAGCUAAGAUGCUUGUAAAGAGAAGGACAUACUGUUUGGAGAUGAACUCAUUCUGAUCUACGAGGUAAAGCCCAAUGGUUAAAGGAAGAAGAAAUAUGCAUGCUCUCAGAAGAAGAAAAUCAGGCAACAAUUUUGUUUAAUAAUAGUUUAAACUUAGUGCUGAGUCCCAUGAAGCUUAAAUCUAGCUGUGGACCGCCAGUGGAAAACAAAACGUGCAUAUUCUUAAAGCACUGAAAGUCUCAUGCGUGAACUGAUAACCCAAAUGCAUCUGCUGGUUAUUUUUAUUCGAGGCAUAUGCUUUAAGAGUACACACCUGCAACUAAAUCAAUAUUGUAAGAGCUUUGAGUUUGUAGUUUUACUAUAUCCAUAAUCCCCCUCCCCACAUGUGAAUAUUGUAGGUAUGAAUAUGUCAUGCUUAUGUUAUAUACUUCUCAAGUUCAUCAAGCAAUGUAGUUUUCCUUUAGCUUAACGUUUCUUGGAUGAAUAAAAUGUUAGCCACGCCUUUGAAAGUAAUGUGGCAUGGCAUCUCUUUUUGUAGUUGUGCUGAAAUGGGAAGAUGCCUUGCUUCUACCAUUUCCCUCAUGUUAAAUCAUCCAUAUGCUAAUGCUAGAUAUGCUUCUGGAUGUUUUAGUCCUUCCCUAAAGUGCUGUCCUUCUCUUCCCUUUGUAUUUGGAAACACCCUGCUUCUCAGGCCUUUAGCUGUAAUCAUUUUUAGGAAUUAUCAUGUUUAGUUUUGUGUCCCCUCGUUUUUCCUUUUUUGUUUUUUUGUUUUUUUCUUUUUACCAGAAAAUUAAAGCAAAAAAGAGACC